AUGAAUUAAAGUAUAUUCGCUUAUGGUUAUUUAAAUAAUGGUAAUUGAUAAUUUACUAUUAUUAGGCCUUGUUUAUUAGAAGCAGGGAAAAUUUGAAAAAGCCAUAAUUGAGUAUAACAAAGCUAUUGAAGAAAGUCCAUCGUAUGCUGCUGCUUUUCAAAAUAGAGGUAAUUCAAAUUUAUGAAAUAUUAGCAAAUGCAUUUUCAAGUUUAAUGAAUUUUGAAGAAGCUUUUAAGGAUUACUCUAUAGCCAUAAGGAUUAAUCCAUAAUAUAGCGCAGCCUACUUUAAUAGAGGUUUGAAUAGUUCUUUAUGUUAAGGAUUAUUACAUGGGAAAUAGGGUAAAUUUGAAGAAGCAAUAAUGGAUUAUACAGAAUACAUUAAAAUGGUUCCUGACAAUGCUCAAGCCUAUAAUAAUAGAGGUAAUUAAAUCUUUUAGAAAGAGCUAAUGCAUAUUAAAAUUUAGGAAAUUUUUAUGAAGCAAUAAGAGAUUAUUCUAAAUCAAUUGAAAUUAAUCCUCAAUAUGCCGCUGCUUAUAAUAAUAGAGGUAAUCAAUAAUAAAUUAAUAUUUUGGCAAUGCUUAUGUAAAUUUUGGAAGAUUCAAUGAAGCUAUUGAGGAUUGUUCUAAAGCAGUAGAAUUGCAAAUGGUUAAUGCAGAUGCAUUCUAUAUUAGAGGUAGGCUAAUUGAAAAAAAUUAGGCAAUGCAUAUAAAAAUAAAGGAAAACUUUAAGAAGCAAUAAUAGAUUAUUCAAAAGCUGUUGAAAUAAAUUCUUAACAUAGUGCUGCUCAUUAUAAUAGAGGUAAUAAUAAUAUUUUAAAAAAAGGACUUAUCUAUUCUGAUUAGAAAAUAUUUGAUUAAGCAAUAUAAGAUUACUCAAAAGCCAUAGGAAUAUCGCCAGCAAACCCAUUAUAUCAAUUUAGUUUAGGUUUUCUGUAGUUUUCUCUCAAACAAUUUAAUUAAGCCUAUUAGUAUUUUGAAAGUGCUCUUGAAUGUUCAUUAAAAUUAACUCUUUAACAAAGAUUGUAAUUUCAACUUUCAAAAGACAAGAUGAUGUUUCUUCAUCAAAAAGUUGAAAUUUUAAGUUCUAUUAAUUAAGAAUUACAAAUUUUCAAGGAAGCCCUUAAGGAUUUGCAGAGAAAUAAUAAAAUAUCUUAAAUUUAGGAUUAAUAAUAUUAAUUUGUGAUAAAUAAUAUAGAAAAUCAAUUUUUACAAAUUGUUCCAUCUCAAUUAAAUGAAAAUUAGGUUGAAACAUUAAAAAAACUUAAAUUUUAUAAGGAGAAAAUAAAAGGUUUGUAAAAAAAUAUUUAUAAAUAAAAAGAAAAUUAGAAUUAGGAUUUAGAACCUUUAACAUAAAACAUUAAAUAAAUAAAUUCUUUACAGUUAACACAAAUGAGUAGAUAAAAUUAAGAUUUAUAUGAAUUAAAAAAACAAUUAAGUUCAGAUUAGAACCUAUAUUAUCGCUCAUUAUAUUGGCAUCUCUUUAAUUAUUUUUAUGCAAUAAAUUUAAUUUCUAAAGAUUUAUAAUAAAUCAAUAUUCAAAGUCAUUCAGUAUUGGGUUUGGAAAUUUUGUAAAAGAUUGAAAAGCUCAAGAAUUAAGUUGAAGAAUCUGAAUCAAUUAUUAUUCAAAUAUUUGAAUUAUUAAAUUCUGCUCUAGAUUAAGUUAUAAAUACCAAUAAAAAUUAAUUUCAAAGCAGAAUAAGUUGUAUAAAAUAAAUUUUGCAGGUUUUCAUCAAAUUUCCAUCUGAAUAUGAAAGUGAAAUUGAUAGUGCUUCAUUAUUUUUGGCAAAUAAUAUCAAUUUCUAUUUUGAAAAAGAUAAUGUUAAUAUAUUUAAUAUAUAAAUAGAGAGAAUUUCAAUUUUAGAAUUUGAUUUUGAAAAAUAUUCUGAGAACUAAUUUUGGAAGACUGGAAUCCUUCAUACAUUGAUAAUAUUGAAUUAUUUAAUAGAGAACUUUAAAUAAAUAUUAAUUUAAUCUUCUUUUUGCAGUUUUAAAGAUGUCAUGGUAAGGUCAAUAAUUGAAUUCAAUUCUGAACUCUUUAGCAAAAAUCAAAAGGAAUAAUAGGAAGGUUUUCUGUCCUGA